CUGCUUACUAAACUUGCCUGCUCUCGUGUGCUCUGCUGCUUAUUGCCUCCUCCUCGCCUACGACGAUCCACCGCGUUGGGUAGAAAUCAGUCUCUCGCUGGCAGCCAAGGCAAAAAUAUCGGAAGCAACUACUUUCUCCGCCAACUACUCGCUCCAGUAUUCACCGAAUUUCCAUCGGGUCAGUAGACAUUUAUUCACAGGAGGAUCUAUUUACCCACAAGCGCAAAAUUCCUUUCAAUUCUCCACUAAUACUACUUUUCUCCCACACUCAAACUCAGGCACUGUAUAAUACUAAUAGGAGGGCUUUGACGAAUCCAACACACACACUCACACACAACAGCUCUCAAGCGUUUUUAUUUUCUAGUCAGAACGAGUCAGGAGUGAAGCUACGAGAGAAUAUAAAGAAGCAAGAGAAUAGGUUGAGGAUUUGUUGGUCGGAAUAAAAAUGGACAUCAAAUGAUGGAUUGUUAACUUUCUAAUUCAUUAUUCUUUCUUUCCGGUAGCAGUGUGACAAAAGGUUUCCCAGAUAAAUCAUACACUUUUGCGUGCUCACUGUUGAAUCUUAUUCCAAUUUGAUACGUGACCGUGUUCUCAAUAUUUUUCAGUCCAAAAAGAUUCAUUCUAUUUUCAAAUAAUUUGUCACUAGAAACACAUACAUUACAAGUUUUUGACAUAUUGAUUUCCGAUCCCGACUAAUUUCUAAACAAGAUCAAAUUCCAUUCAAGGCGACUGACAACGAGGAAUUACUUUUGGGCUGAAUCAUCCCAACUGAGAGUUAUUACUUGGGGACAAAGAGUUUAAAAUCAUGGACAACUGGUACUUACACGUGCGGCCAAUUCCAGAUAACUCGUCGACGGAUCUGGCAGUUAUAACUGAAGAUGGUCUCCUCUCGUUGGCAGUCGUGCUUGGCAGCAGUCUCUCUCUCGUGGGUCUUGUUUUUGCUUUCAUCACGUACAGUUUGUUCUCGGACCUGCGGAGUGUGGCUGGGACGACCUUGAUGAACCUCUUGGCUUCGUUAUUCCUUACCCAAUUACUUUAUGUCGUCGGAGCUGGUGGAGUUCAGGCAGCGGAUUUAUGCGUGAGCUUGGCCUUAGCUCUCCACUACUCGCGACUCACCGUGGUUUCCUGGUUGUUGGCAGCCACUCAUGACUUGUAUCGUACGGUGAAAAGCCAGGUUGGAAUGAUAGAUUGUCCACCCCCCUCGCUCCUCUCCAGCUUCCUCAAGUACUCUCUUCUUGGGUGGGGUCUUCCAGCUCUGCUCCUCGCCUGUGCUGUAUUCAUCCAGGACUACGACGGAAUUGGGGAAAGUGGAGCCACUCAACUUCGACGCCACAAUUGCUGGUUUACGUCUAAUCGAAGUUUUUUUACGGCGUUUGUCCUCCCGUACUGGAUCAUACUGGCUGUCACGAUUUACUACAUUGUACGAGGAGCGAUGGCCAUACGAUGGGCAGCUGCAUUUGCCCCGUCAAAGAAGGCACAGGAGAAAUUGACAAGAAGGAGGAAGCUUCAACUGAUGCUGUUCGUGCGAAUUCUGGUUUUCCUGACCCUUAUCAUAAUGGCAGGCGCUGCUAGCGUCAUUUUUGGUUCUAACUUGGCGUUCAUUGUGUAUUCGUGUGGUCAAGCUAUCCAGGGAAUCCUCAUCGCCCUCGCGGUCUGUUGUAACUGCCAGAUUUUGAAACUGUACACACGAUCAAUUCAGGUGGCUGGACAGCAGGUUGCUACCGCAAUGACGACUUACGGUUCCUCAGGACAGGAGCUGAGCAAAUCCGCCAGUUUGCAGCUACUGACUUGGGACAGGAACCCAGACUCUGUUUAAGCUUGUACACUGCACAAGUUUUUACCAAAGUUUCUGUAAAAACCAAGGUCUUAGGAUUCUCAUUCAGCAUCCCCUUGUCAAUUUAGAAGUAUUACGUACGUCAGCGUCCCUACCAGUAGACAAAAUUAGACCCCAAGACGACAUCCAUAGAUUUUUUUUGUGUCUGGAUAUUGUUCAGCAGUGUCUCCUGGUUAUUUUGUGACAGAAGAUAUUAAGAACAUUGAUUGUUGUUAAUGAUAUCACCUCAACAGCUUAUUCAAAUUAUGCAUAACUGUCGGUGCUGCAUGAAAACUUUUUAGAAUAGAGAUUUUAUACUAGUACCCAUCUUUAGUUAUUAUUAGCAGUUGAUACAGUUUAAUGAAAGGUAAAUGUUUAGUGUAAAAUUAAAGGAAUGAACGUAUAGCUAAAAUGUGACUGAUUGAGUGAAUGCAAGAGUACAAAGUUAUUCUAAGGGAUAUUUUAUCGUAUAAAGUGUUAUGUGUACAAUAUAUAAUUUUAAUGGGCGACAAUGAUGAAAUUUUUGAGAUUUUAGUUACAUAUCAAUCAUGAUGACGAUGAGAUAUGGAAAUCUUUGCUCUCUCUCUCUGCUUCAAAUAGUGAUGACUUAUCUAAAUCCCGAUACAAGAUUCUAAUCAAUAUCGCUGCAUUGCAUUAUCAUAUUAUAUGAAACAUGUGUACCUAUUUAAUGUCAAACCUUAUAUACAUACAUACUUACAUGCAUAUAAAUAAACAUACAGUUAUAAUGAUUAAUGUGAAAAUUCUCUGAAAUAAAACAAAGCUUGAAUAUAAA